UACUGUCCCCUUUCUCCAUGACCUGAUCUGUUCAGCCCAGGCUCCUAGCAGAAGCAGAUAUUUGUCCGUAUCCGAAUACUGAUGAUUCUAAAUAUUUGGUAAAGUUUUGAAGGACUCUAGGAAGCCAAGCUCAACCCAAAGAAUAAAUAGUUAAGAAAGGGUUAAUUCCAUCAUUUCCAUUCUGCAUUGAGGAACCAGAAAUAUUUUGGCCUUAGGGCCACACAUAGGAUGAAUGAGUGGGUGGGCCCUGAUGUCAAUGUUUUGGGACCUCUGCAGAUGCCACCAAGUGAUGGCUUCUCUCUGCCAGAGGGAUCACACUUCUUUGAUAUUCUGGCAGAGCAGAGCAGCCCUCUGCUUCAGGACCAGGAGGUCUUGCCUUUCGGCAGCUAUCCAGGCAUGCAGUACUCCACAAUGGAGCAGGCCAUGCCCUCGCCAUCAUACUACUCCAAUCAGCAUUACUAUCCCCAGUACAACACAGAGGAGUGGUGCUCUCCAUCAUCCAUGCUGGAACUACGAAAAGGCCCACUAGAGGGAAAUUUCGAGACAGAAAUCGAGGAGCCAACCCCUGUUGUUCCCAAUGUGUAUAAGAGACCCAGACAUGCUGCCCAUUUAGGCAGGUUCAAAGGAGAAGAACUAUGUGUGGUGUGUGGGGACAAAGCCUCUGGGUAUCACUAUAAUGCCCUGACAUGUGAAGGAUGUAAAGGGUUUUUCAGAAGAAGUAUAACAAAGAAUGCAGUUUAUAAGUGUAAAAGUGGAGGGAACUGUGAGAUGGACAUGUACAUGCGGAGAAAGUGUCAAGAGUGCAGACUCCGGAAGUGCAAGGAGAUGGGAAUGCUUGCAGAAUGUUUACUAACAGAGAUCCAGUGCAAGUCCAAAAGGCUGAGGAAAAACCCUAAGUCUUCAUCAGAAGAUGGUACAACAGAUGAUACAGAAGUGGGAGACAGUGGAGAUGCAAAACAGGUCACAUCCACAACAAAAAAUUUAAAAGAAAAAGUGGAGCUAAGUCAAGACCAGAAGGCUUUACUAAGUUAUAUUCUUGAUGCUUACAACAAACAUCGCAUUCCUCCAGACAUGGCCAAGAAACUGCUCCAAGAACAGUUCAGCACAGAGGAGAACUUCCUCCUUUUGACUGAAAUGGCAACCAGCCAUGUUCAGGUUCUGGUCGAGUUCACAAAAAAUAUCCCAGGUUUCCAGUCUCUGGACCAUGAAGAUCAGAUCGCUCUACUAAAGGGUUCAGCAGUUGAGGCAAUGUUCCUGCGUUCAGCCCAGGCCUUCAUCAAGAAGCUGCCUCAGGGACACACAGAGGUGCUGGAGGAGCGAAUAAGAAAGAGUGGGAUAUCUGAGGAGUUUAUUGUCCCAAUGUUUAACUUUUACAAAAGUAUUGGGGAGCUGCAGAUGAUGCAAGAGGAACAUGCUCUCCUAACAGCCAUCACUAUUCUAUCUCCAGAUCGGCCAUAUAUUAGGGACCAGCAGGCUGUGGAGCGACUCCAGGAAGCCAUGCUAGAGGUGCUGAGGAAGGUCUGCAAGCUAAAGCACCCUCAGUGGCCACAGCAUUUUGCCCGACUGCUGGGCCGACUAACCGAGCUGCGCACGCUGCAUCACCACCAUGCUGAGAUGCUGGAGUCAUGGCGCACGAGUGACCACAAGUUUAACCCACUGCUUUGUGAAAUCUGGGAUGUACAGUGACUCUGCAAGAAGAGGAGAAAGGAAUCUAGACAUUAAGAACUUUUAAAAUAGGGUUUUAGUUCCUGGGAGUUGUGUCAAGCUGUGCCUCUAAUAUGGGAGACACAGAUUGUGUUUUUAAGACUGCAAUUAAUUGAAUGUAAUGAAUAUUGUUGGGUUAUCUGUCACUAAAAUGCUUAAGGAAUGAAAUACCUAUGAUAUAAUUGCAAAAUAAAUAUGAUGUUCGUA